AGCACCUGUAUGGACGACAACGGCAACCUUCCGAGUUCGGUGGCGAGCUCGAUUGCGAAUGUUCCGCCGCCGUUCCUGAGCAAGACGUACGACAUGGUGGCCGAUCCCACGACGGACUCAGUGGUGUCCUGGAGUAACAGUAACAACAGUUUUGUAGUGUGGAACGUGCCGGAAUUUACCAGAGAUAUUUUACCCAAGUAUUUCAAGCACAGCAAUUUUUCUAGCUUCGUCAGACAGCUCAAUACUUAUGGUUUCAGGAAGGUUGAUUCAGACCGCUUUGAAUUUGCAAAUGAGGCAUUCCUUAGAGGCCAGAAACACCUCUUGAAGAGUAUAAUCAGGCGAAAGUCCGGUCAUGUAGAGAGUCAUCAGGAACAACCUCAGGGCCAGAGCAAAUCAGUUGGGUCUUGUGUUGAAGUUGGGAAGUUUGUGCUUGAAGAAGAGGUCGAAAGGCUUAAAGGGGAUAAGAAUGUACUUAUGCAGGAGCUUGUUAGGCUGAGACAGCAGCAGCAAACAACGGAUCACCAGUUACAAACUGUUGGGCAGCGUGUUCACUUGAUGGAGCAACGGCAGCAACAAAUGAUGUCAUUCCUUGCAAAGGCCAUGCAGAGCCCUGGCUUUUUAGCCCAGCUGGUACAGCAGCAGAAUGAAAGCAGCAGACGCAUUGCUGGUGCAAAUAGAAAAAGGAGACUUCCCAGGCAGGGAGAAGAAAAUAUAGGGGGCAAGCAUGGCAAUGCUUCACCUGAUGGACAGAUUGUCAAGUACCAGCCUCUAAUGAAUGAAGCGGCCAAAGCAAUGCUGCGGCAAAUCCUGCAGAUGAAUGCAUCAACUAGGCUGGAACCAACAAUGGACCAUCCAGAUGGUUUUCUGAUUGAUAAUGUGCCUUCUCCUUCUGAUGUGGUUGACAGUGGUAGCUCAUCUAGUCAAAUUUCUGGAGUGACCCUUUCGGAGGUGUUGCCUACUUCUUCAGGGUCUUAUCUGUCAACAGAGUUCGGAUCCUCUGUCAAUCAUCCAUCAGCUGCCAUUUGUGAGAUCAAUACUUCUCCUGGUGUGGUAUCCAGCAUCGGUAAUGUUACUCAGUUUCCUGAAAUGGAAGUGCUUGAUGGUACUCAAACUCCAGAAAUUAUGUCCAAGAGCACUUUGGAAGUCCCUGACAUUAGUUGUGAGGCCUCUGAGAGUGAUGAUAUGGGUUAUAUGGAUACAAUGUCAGGACUUGUGGAUGCAGCAAUGCCUGUUGUCCCUGAUGAGUUUUCUGCUGAUCCUCAAGUUGAUAUCUUACUGGAUGAGAUCCCUAAGCUACCAGGCAUUAAUGAUGUAUUCUGGGAACAGUUUCUUUCAGCGAGCCCCCUCACCAGGGAAACAGAAGAGAUUAAUUCUAGCUUGCCGGAAGGUGGUUUUCAUAGGGAACAACAGAUGCAGACAGCGCGAGACAGUGAAUGGGACAAGUCAAACCAUAUGAAUCAACUUACUGAACAGAUGGGACUUCUUCCUUCGGGGUCCAAGAGGGGUGAUCAUGUGGUCCCAAUUGAAUUUUAAAUGUGUUUCAUCGCUUGGAGUAUGAUUCAGGUGGAUGCUCUGCACUGCUGGGCAUGCAAAAGCUCGUCCGAAGCCAGAUGCCACCACAUUUGAAGCUUUUAGAAUUUGGUCCAUGUUUUUUCUAUAUAAUGUUGUGAAGAUGGUGGGCAUGGAUUGGACUUAUAUGGGGGUGGGGGUGUUUCAGAAAUUAUCUUUCUGUAUAUGUUGCAUUGUUGUUUUUUUUUUUUUUUUUUUUUUUUUUUUGAUUUUGGGAGAGUUACAAAUGGAGGUUCCCGAAUCACGGGACAAAUACGAACAUCAAAUGUGUUAUCAAUUAAUAUCAAGCUCUACCUAGUGCUGAAGUUUUGGUUGACGUAUUAUGAGUGGAUUAAAUAUUGUAAUGUAUUAUAAUUUGUUUAAUUGUAUCUAAUAUUUUGUUUUUUAGUCAAAUUUGAUCCCAUAUUACGUAUAGGAUUAUUUCAAAUCCAUAUAUUAAUCGUAUAUUUUUUGAACCAUGCAUUUGUAUUAUAGAGCUAGCUGAUAAUCUGUACCUAAAGGUACAAUACAAUUAAAAAAAAAUUGAACACUAAUUAUGGACACCAGAAAAUUAAAUACUUAAUAUGG